GUAUUGGGCGCGCGCAGUUGAAAGACCGUUACUUGGACCGUUGGUAUCGGUUCGGUUGGACUGCUCCCUGGCUAUUCUCCCUUCUUGACAUAUUCGGUUCACCAUGGCCGAGGCCCGAGCUUCUCCGCCUCCUCCUCCUCCUCCCCCAUCUUCUCCUUCGUCCUCCUUGGACCGCGCCGCCGCCUUCUCCUUGUCCCCGGAGCUCCCGGCGGUGUUGGCCGGGAGAAUCCGGAACCAGAACCGGGGCCGGGGCCGAGCCGUGGAGCCGCCGUCGGUGGACCCGCUGGAGGAGGUCGAAAUGCAGAUCGAUGAUGCAGCUUUUUCAUUAAUUAAACUUCUUGAGGCCACAUCAGCUGUUUCAGCCCAGGUGGAAGAGCUGGCAUUCAAAUGCACCGAAAAUGCACGAUUCCUUAAAACAUGGAGGGGUCUGCUAAAAGAAGGCUACGAUUCCUUGAAACCAGACAACCAAUGCAGCACAACCAACUAAAUGUUGAAACAAUGACUGCUUUAAAAAAUUGAGGACAGAAUUGCUACAUGUAUAUGCUUGCACUUUUUCCCACAUGAUAUUUGCACCUAUGGAUGUAUCAGAUUUUAUUUCCAACAGUUCUGGAUAUUUCAACAUUCUGCUUUGUAAAUGGAUAUUAAAACUUUAUUUCCUUGUUUAUCUUUCCUGUUUUAAAAAGGAAAAACAUUUACUUAAGUUGGACUCUGGAUAGUAUUUGAUCUUUUUUCUGAGUCAAUUUGUGCCUACUAAAUUUUCACAAGCUUAAUUUACCUUUAAAAGAAAGCUAAUUUUAUCUAUGAUUAAGAAACUCAGAAAUACUAUAAUUCAGUUUUAGAAUGCUUUAAAAUUUACAAAUACCUUUUCCCUUACAAUAGUCUUUGGACUAAGUAAUACAAGUGUUAUGUUUUAAUAUUUCGAUAGAAUUGUGAUCUUACCAGUGAGGAUACUCCCUCCAACAGUAUAGAUCACAACCCAUUCAUACUUUCUCCUCUUUUGUGGCUUUUUAUCUGUAUGCUCUUAAUGAUUUGUCAUGAGGGAUUCAUUCAACUUACUGAAGGUCUUCCUUGCAGUCUUUUAAAAGUUAUGCUGGUACCAGAGUAGUACUCCAGGCUAUUCAUCUGUUGUUCCUCUCACUGCUGUCUGAUUGGCCCACUUUCUUUUCUGAUAAUGCACCUCUGGGGUGAUACUUUCUGGGUUGCCACUUGUAUGCAUAUCAUUGUCAUAUUACUCCAUAUAAUUCAGUUUUUGCUCCUUUGGGUCACAAAAAUUUUUAGACAUUGUAGUAUUUUGUGCUUCAUAAAUAUAUGUUUCAAUGGAAUAAUAUCACUUUUUAAAGAAAAGUGGGCUUUUAGCUCAGGAAACAGUUUGGAAUGAUUGUAAGUGCUGUUAAUUCUGAAAAGCAUUCUAAUAUGUAUUCUUGCUAUUCAUUCUUGGGUCUGGUUCAGUGUCAGAGAGUAUUCUAAGAUAGAUGUAGUAGUAGCUAACUACUAUUACCUAUUCACAUGUAUAUCAUAUUUAGGACAUGGUCAUUAUUCAUCCACUUGGUUUUUUCCUAUAUUUGUUGUUGGGUCAAGCUCUGCAUACCUUAAAAGUAUUCCCAUUUUCCUGAUGAAGAAAGUUGAAUUUCAGAAAAAGCGGGAGACCUAGAACUUGAAUUCCAGGAGUUUUGGCUUCUGAGUUCUUUAUAUUCCUUUUACCAAAUGACAUUAUCUAGUAUUAGUUCUUCCUUGGUAUAAUGCUGAAUUGCCUAUAGAAAUGCUAUUUUUUUCCCCUUCCUGUUGGGAAUUUUGGCCAGUGGAAAUAAAUUGGCUAUUUCUUUCUCCUUUGAAUGUACAAUCCAAAGCUUCCUUGAGUUGGAGAAAAUUUUUUUUCUUCAACACAUAUAUGUUCUUUACCUGAACCACUGCCUUACUUCAUUUAAAUAGAUGUAAACAUAAUAAAUGAGUACUUUUAAAGUAUGAAUGAUGUUUUUUUUUUAAACUUUUUAUGAAAACUGGGGUUUCACUUGGAACACUUUAAAAAAUUGUAUGGGACCCAUGUUUCUCUACUUAACUGCA